GGCACUCUGCAUAUGUUUUAAGGCACUCUAGUCCUCAUUUGGAAGGGACACGGAUGGCACUGUGGGUUAAGCCACAGAGCCUAGGGCUUGCCGAUCAGAAGGUCAGCGGUUCGAAUCCCCGCGACGGGGUGAGCUCCCGUUGCUCAGUCCCUGCUCCUGCCAACCUAGCAGUCUGAAAGCACGUCCAAGUGCAAGUAGAUAAAUAGGUACCGCUCUGGCGGGAAGGUAAACGGCGCUUCCAUGCGCUGCUCUGGUUCGCCAGAAGCGGCUUAGUCAUGCUGGCCGCAUGACCCGGAAACUGUACGCCGGCUCCCUCGGCCAGUAAAGCGAGAUGAGCGCCGCAACCCCAGAGUCAGCCACGACUGGACCUAAUGGUCAGGGGUCCCUUUACCUUGACCUAGUCCUCAUUUGAAUAUUCCAGGCCUUAGUAGCAGAGAUUCCAGAGGCCUACAGACUGGAGCGAAUUAACUCCAGGACUGUUAACUGCUCCGAUCUCGGGUGGUUUCUUGCUAGACAGCCUCUCCAACAGCUUCCCCCAGCCUAGUGCUCUGCAGAUGUUUUGGCCCACACCUCCGGCAAGCGCAGCCUUAUAUUCGAAAAACACCUGGAGGGCAUUGGGUUGCAGAGCCCUGGAGGGGAGGGGAAAAACCAUUCCCGCCCCCAUCAUCCCAUAUAACUUCCUUUGGGGUAGACCUGUUCAUCCCUUGCAGGUGCCUGGUGUCAUCCAGCCUGGGGGAAGAGGCCCUGAGGGCAUGAUGUCAUAGUGGCACAGGCAGACAGGAUGACAUCACAAUUUCUGCCGGGCGAGGGAGCCAGGCUAGGCGAUUGAGGCGGCGGCUUGUUUGUACGGUGGCUGUGAAGGUAGGUGGGGGCUGGGAGAGUUGGGGAGGGCUCCUUCUACAACCCCCGCUCUUUCCUCUUCUACAUCCCCUGCUCCCCGAGUCACGGGGAAAAAGAGGACUUCAGAAAUGGUGACUCUCUCCCCCCACCCCACCCCACUUUGUGGCACUAGAUUCCCACCCUUCUAGAACUCAGGCAUGGAACCCAGACGCCCUGACGACAGAUACUGCAGGAAGGGAGGUAGGGUCAGAUCAGUGUGGGAGAGAAAGGGGGUGGCUUAUAGUCACACCCCACCACUCCUGACCCUAGGAAACAUGGAGGAAGAGUUCCGAUUCUUUGGUUUACCUGCGUUGAAUUUAGAACUCCCCGGGUUCAGACUCGGACGGCACGUCAAGGUAGGGCUGGGGGUGAAACCCGUCUGAAAUCAGGAAAAACACUGAGCUGGACAGACCAUUGUGGUCCAAUUUGGGCAGCUUUCUGUGUGAGAAAAUCCCUGCCCCGUGCAAGAUCACAGGAUGCCCUUGGCUCACUGCUCCCCAAACCCACCCACCCCAGGAAUAUUAGGCAGGUGGUAGAGCUCCAGAAAGGAAAGGUAGACUUCAAAGAGAACCACGGGGUAUGUGGUGUAAUGGCUAGAGUGUCGGACUGCGGCUUGGGAGACCAAGGUUCGAACCAUAGCUGUCAAGUGUCCCUUAUUUGGCGGGACAGUCCCUUAUCCCAGCGCCAUGUCCCGCUGCUGUCCCUUAUUGAUGAGGCUUCAUUUGGCUGCUGGCUGGGCUUUCUGCCUUUGGCUCAGAGGGGCUCAGAAGUUGAACAUACCUGUGCCUGGAAAAUCCCUUAUUUUGGCUGCUGAUCCCUUAUUUUCGAGGCUGCUGCUCCCUUAUUUUCAAAACUGUAAGUUGACAGCUAUGGUUCAAACCCUUCUUGGCUGUGAAGCUCAGUGGGUGACCGCGGGGCCUGCCUCCCGUCUCUCAAUCUAACGUACGUCACAAAGUGGCACGGGGUUCGGCUAAAUGACUCGUGGGGUCCCUUCCAACUCUACAAUUCUAUGAAUCUGAAGUCGCUGUUGUGAUAAAAUGGGGAUGAGAAGGAUGCACCCCACCUUGAGAUAAGGUGCUAUGUAAAUGGAAUGAAUAAAGAAAACUGUAUUAAGAACAAAAACAGAUUAUAAGGGGAAACUAGGAAGAAGGCAGGACGUGGGUGGCGCUGUGGGUUAAACCACAGAGCCUAGGGCUUGCCGAUCAGAAGGUCGGCAGUUCAAAUCCCCGCAACAGGGUGAGCUCCCGUUGCUCGGUCCCUGCUCCUGCCAACCUAGCAGUUCGAAAGCACGUCAAAGUGCAAGUAGAUAAAUAGGUACCGCUCCGGCGGGAAGGUAAACAGCGUUUCCAUGCGCUGCUCUGGUUCGCCAGAAGCGGCUUAGUCAUGCUGGCCACAUGACCCAGAAGCUGUACACCGGCUCCCUCGGCCAGUAAAGCGAGAUGAGCGCCGCAACCCCAGAGUCGGCCAUGACUGGACCUAAUGGUCAGGGGUCCCUUUACCUUUAGGAAGAGGGCAGAUAGACAACGGGGGGGUCAUGGAUGGAAAGCAAAUGAGAAAGCUGGUCCAAUGGUCCAGUCCUAGCCCAGGCACAGCAUUGGGGAACCACCUAUCCCAAAAACCCUGGCAGGGUGCAGUUAAACUGUGGAACUCCCUGCCACAGUAGGCAGUGAUGGCCACCCAUCAGAAGAGAAAUGGGCAAGUUAGGAGCAAGGCUAUUUUGGGGAGCUACUAGCAACAGUGCCUAUGCCCUGUCUCCACAACUGAAGGCAGCCGUGCUUCUGAAUGCCAGCUGCUGGAAAACGCAGAGAGGCAGAGCACUCCUGCGUUAGAAUCCUGAUUGCAGGUUUCCCACAGCGUAGCCACUGUGGGAACAGGAUGCUGGACUGAAUGGGUCAUUGGCUUGACCCAAAGGCCGUUCUUAUGCUCUUAACAUUUGAAAACGGUCUUCUCAACUCUCCUUACUACUACAAAAAAGUUUUAAUUUCACAUUCGGUUCCAGUGGCAUAGCGUGGGUUGCCUGGGCCUGGGGCAAGGCAAGGAUCCUCAGCGCUGCCUGCCAAUAGGCUGAAACCAAGGGGCAAUAGCUCUGCGACCUACACAAGUGGCAGCUGCAGCACCUGUGAGCAUUGGGCACAGCGGAGAAGAGGAGGAGGGAUUGUUUGGGAGCGGGUAUCUAUCCAAAGCCCAUGCAGAGGGUGCCCUCGCAUCCGACUGUUGCCCAAAUCCACUCCCCGCACAAACAUUGGGAGAUUUUCUGUGUGAGAGGGAGGGCGUGCUAUUUUUCAGUUAUUAUUUAGUUAUUAUUUUUAGUUACUAUUACAAUUGUCUCUUUUUUCCUUUGUAAAUUUUGUGCCCCUAAGAUCUUUGCAACUAUGCCCAUGGCUACGCCACUGCUUGGUUAACUAAGACUCCAUUUCUGACACUCACUGCCCAUCUGAGUAGACAAGCAGGCAGGUUUGAAUAUUCAUCAGACUACAAGUUAGGGAAUCUGUCUUAAAACCCUAAACUGAUACUUGGGAAAUAAGUUAUCACUUUAAACAGCCCCAGUCUCUCCUUAAAGGUAAAGGGACCCCUGACCAUUAGGUUCAGUCGUGGCCGACUCUGGGGUUGCGGCGCUCAUCUCGCUUUAUUGGCCGAGGUCAAUGUGGCCAGCAUGACGAAGCCGCUUCUGGCGAACCAGAGCAGUGCACAGAAAAACCGUUUACCUUCCCGCCGGAGCAGUACCUAUUUAUCUACUUGCACUUUGACGUGCUUUCGAACUGCUAGGUUGGCAGGAGCUGGGACCGAGCAACGGGAGCUCACCCCGUCGCGGGGAUUCGAACCGCCGACCUUCUGAUCGGCAAGUCCUAGGCUCUGUGGUUUAACCCACAGUGCCACCCGCAUCCCUUACUUACGUGCAACUUAUUUCCGGCUUCACAAUACUCCCCCGAGGCAGGCUUGUUUAGAAACCAGGCAGGUGGCAGCAGAGGUAUGCCACUCGGACAGAGACGCCUGGCCUCACUUGCAACCUCCCUUUGUUUCCCUUGCCCUCUCCUGCAGGUACCCGCUGGCUCCCAGCAAUCCCUUGGCACUCCUGCCCAUGGCGCCUCCCCAGGGGCCCCCCGACCGAGCGGCCUGGACCGUGGCCGACCUGCUGCGGUUCUCUCCCCCGCCCUGUUCCCCGCCGCCCCCGCCACGACGCCCGCCUUGGAACCGCUACCGCCUGUCGGAAAGCAUGAAGGGCCUGCUGGUGGCACUCCUGGGGGGCGGCGUCCCGGCCGGCUUCGUGGCGCCGUUCACCCGAAUGGCCAACGAGGCCUCCGGCAUCCCUUCGCUGGAGAUCCUGCUCUUCCGCUGCAUCCUGCACCUCCUCUUUGCGUGCUACCUGCGUUGCCAGAAGGCUCCUUGCUUCGGGCCGCGGGAGGCCCGCCAGCGGACGAUCCUGCACGCCUCCAUCAACGUCAUCUCAAUCGGCUGCGCCUACAGCUCCUUCAUGGUGGUGCCCAGCGGGAACGCAGCCACCGUCCGCAAGGGCUCGUCGACCAUCUGCUCCGUCCUGCUGGCGCUGUGCAUCGAGAACGGCAGCUUGACGGGCUACGACUGGUUCGGGUUGGUGGGCAGCACGCUGGGCCUGAUCAUCAUGGUGGUGCCCGACCUCCUGGACCUCGACAAGAGCACGCAGCUGUACGACACCUUCGGCUAUGCCCUGGCCUGCCUCGGAGGGAUGGCGCUGGCACUGGGGCUGGUCAUCUUCCGGGCCCUGGACUUCCCGGCCAAGCUGGUGACGGUGGCCUUCCUCUUCGGCGUGGUGGGAAGCCUGGUGUGCUCGCCGGCCAUGUUCCUCCUCCAGCAGCCCGUCAUGCCCCUGGACCCCCUGACCUGGACUUGCGUGGCGGCCAUCAGCUUUCUGGCGUUGGUCUCUUUCCUGUGUGCCAGCUACGCCGUCACCAAGGCGCACCCGGCCCUGGUGUGCGCCGUGUUGCACUCCGAGGUGGUGGUGACGCUGGCGGUCCAGUACUAUGUCCUGCGCGAAGCCGUCACGCCCUUUGACAUCAUGGGGGCGGGGGUCAUUCUCGGAAGCAUAGUCAUCAUCACAGCCCAGAAUAUCAGCUGUGACGCGGCCGAAGAGGACGAGGAUGCCAGUGUCCAACUGAAGGACAGCACAUAGCCGCGGCGGGGCACGAGGUUCGGGCAGACUCCAGGAGGACGGACCGGAAGCAGGGACCUUCCAAAGGACCGAGCAGCGAGGGCGUCGCAGCUUUAAAAUCCGCCUGCCUGCCCCCAACGGACAAGAUGGUGGUGAGGCUUUGGACGAGGUAGCCGUCCGUUGCCUUUUGGACAUCUGGGUGGAAAACGGCCCCCAAAACCCAAUUACCUUUUCUAAGGAAAGGCCAGCGGACUUGGCUGGGACAGCUAUUGGGUUCGCCUGCUUCUCAGAAAGUGGGUUCAGAGAAAUGCCUAAGCCUGUGGUUUUGGUUUGAUUUUUUAUUGAGUUUUACGAUUUUUUAUUGUCACAAUAUCAAUCACAUCCAAAGGGGGGGAAACACAUUUCCCAUGUUUCCCCCUCCCGUCACGACUUCCCUAAACUUCGUGGGGGUUUUUUUACAUAUUAACUUCUCUUGCUUGCUUAUAACUUGCUUAUAAGGUUUUUACAAUAAUAAUUAUUGUUCUCUUAUCA